AAAUUACUAUUUCACCCACGAAUUUGCAUUUAUGCUACAAUCUCCACCCCAAAAUUCAAUUUGUUCACAAAUGGGUGUUGGGCAUCAAUCAAGAUUUUCAAGAAUGGCUCUUAUCACCUUGAGCCCUUUACUAUCUUCAACACCCAAUUCCGCCAAACACGCUCUCAUUCAAGAACACAUCACCCACCAAAUCUUUACUUCUCUGCAUUUACACAGACACAAAAUUCAUGGCGGCGGGGGCCGUAGAUUCUCUUGGGAUUAUCAAGAACGAUUCAAUUUUUCAGCAUUUUCAUCUUCGACCGGCGGCUGGAUCGAUGUGGUCGCCGGUGCUCCUAAAGAAUACGAGGAUGCCGAGUUCAUUGUUGUUAAUUUUUACCGAUUUGUUUUCGUACAAAACCCUGAAGAGGAGGUUUUAAGACACCUGUCCUUCAUGCAGGGUCGUGAUAUACACGGUCGUAUAUACUUGAACGAGCAAGGGAUUAACGCGCAGUACAGUGGGCCGUCUAAAGAUGCCCUCGCGUAUGUCGAAUGGGUUAAGGAAGAUCACCGGUUUUCCGACAUUUUGAUUCAGAUUUCUCCAGCUACGAAUGGCCACGCUUUUCCGAAACUUAAGCUUCGGUACAAGCCAUCACUUGUACAGUUGGGAGAGGGUAUUUCACAUCUCCCUUUGCUCGACCAAUCAAUGCGAGCCACACCUCUUACACCAUCUGAAUGGAAGAGCAAACUAGAAAGAGUAAACAAUAUCGACAAUUCUUUAGAUACAGUAAAUUCCACCACCAACUGCAUUUUACUCGACGUGAGAAAUGGUUAUGAAUGGGACGUGGGCCACUUCCAAGGGGCUCAACGCCCGGAUGUCGAUUGCUUCAGGAGCACUUCUUUUGGCCUAUCUUCCGAAUCUCAAACAGAGGUUGUAGCUUCAGAUCCUUUAGCUAAUGUCGAUAGAGAGAAAACGGACGUACUGAUGUACUGUACUGGUGGAAUCCGCUGCGACGUAUACUCCACUAUUCUUAGACAACAGGGUUUCAAGAAUCUGUACACGCUAAAAGGAGGCGUUUCUCAUUAUCUAGAGAAAGAAGGUUCCACUGGAUGGGUCGGAAAUCUCUUCGUUUUUGAUGGCCGUCUCUCUCUACCGCCUUCUACCUACAAACCAGAAACCAAUGCCGAUACAAUCGGGAAGCAAAAAACGUCACAUUCUUUUGCUAAAUGCCACGUAUGUGGGUCCCACGUAUCCGAGCUUAGGCACCGGAACUGCGCAAACCUCGACUGCAACCUUCUCUUCCUAUGCUGUUUGAAAUGUGUGGAGGAUAUGAGAGGAUGCUGCUGCACAAAUUGCACGUCGGCAGAUCGGAUAAGGCCUGUGCUGAGAGGGCACCAAAGAUACAAAAAGUGGCAUACUUAUCGAGACCUUGAGCCAGUCGAAGGCUAAAUACCGUCCCGUUUUACUCUCUCUAUUCAACGACCUCUCGACAAGCAAAGUUCACGAUUGCUGGAGAUUUACAAGACACACUGAGUUAAUUUGCUCUGCAAUGUGUGGAACUUUGUUUGUACUGAAAAUGAUGAGCAUAGGUACUAGAAGGAAUUUUAACUUUCACCAAA